UAGUAGACACCAUAAAUGAGCAGAUGGAAAACCACACGACGGUGAGAGAGUUCAUUAUUCUGGGAUUAACAGAUAACCCCACACUAUGUGCCUUUUUCUUCAUCAUUUUUCUAGGAGUCUAUAUCGUGACCAUAGUGGGUAAUAUCAGUAUCAUCAUUUUAAUUCGCUGCAGCCCCCAGCUUCACACCCCAAUGUAUAUUUUUCUCAGCCACUUGGCUUUUGUGGAUCUCGGAUAUUCCACAUCAGUCACACCAGUCAUGCUAUUGAGUUUCUUACGAGAGAGAACUACUAUUUCAGUUACUGGCUGCAUAGUCCAGCUUGCCUCGGAUGUUGCCUUUGGGACGACAGAAUGCUUCCUGUUGGCCACCAUGGCCUAUGACCGUUAUGUGGCCAUCUGCUCUCCUCUGCUCUACUCCACGCAAAUGUCCCCGGUCGUCUGCUUUCUCCUGUUGGGGGCUUCUUACCUGGGAGGCUACCUGAAUGCUUCCUCAUUUACAGGUUGUUUGUUGAAUCUGUCCUUCUGUGGGCCAAAUAAAAUCAACCAUUUUUUCUGUGACCUCUUCCCACUCUUGAAGCUGUCUUGUGGCCAUGCUUAUAUUGCCGAGAUCUCUCCUGCCAUCUCUUCUGCGUCAGUCCUUAUAAGCACACUGUUCACCAUAAUAGUAUCCUACAGUUACAUCCUCCAUUCCAUUCUGAAUAUGCGCUCCACUGAAGGGAGGAAGAAGGCCUUCUCUACAUGUACUUCCCACCUCACUGCUGUCACUUUGUUUUAUGGAACAGUUUUGUUUGUUUAUGUGAUGCCCAAAUCAAGCUAUUCAGCUGAUCAGGUCAAAGUGGCAUCUGUAAUCUACACAGUGGUGGUCCCCAUGCUAAACCCCCUCAUCUAUAGCCUGAGGAACAAGGAGGUCAAAGGUGCCAUGAGGAAACUAACAGGCAAAAUGCACUGUUUUUUCUGA